AUGGCGGCGGGCGCUGCGCGGAGCCGGCGGAUCUUCCUCAACCACCUCGAUUCCUACUGCGGCCGCAGCAUCGGCGAGUAUUUAUCCAGUUGUGUUGUCGGAGCAUCGCUAGAAAGCGUGGAAGGAGAGGAGGAGGAUAGUGAGAAUCGCUCGGAGGCUCAAGUUUCCAGGAGGCCAAAGGAGGGACUCUACCAAAUAGUGGGGACUCUCUCUAAGCCAGAGAGUAUUAAACCACGCUUUGCAGAGGAAACAUAUGCAGUCUCCUCUCAGAAAGAGCUCUUAAGUUAUUUGCUUGAAUGUGACAUUAUUUUAUAUAAUAUCACUGAGGAUGCAAACCAAAUCGAGGAAGCAACAUGGGCUGCUUCUGCCCUACAUAUGGAAAUAGAGCAUUUUGCAGCACCAAAAACGUUCAUCCUCAUUUCAACAGUAAUGAGUUGGGCAAAAAGCAACCCCUCUGACCCAGAGGAUUCCGAGAUUCCUUUUACUGAGGAAGAUUAUCGUAGAAGAAAACCUCAUCCUAACUUUAUGGAUCACAUAAAUGCUGAAAAACUUGUUCUCAAACUUGGAAAAAAUAACAAACAAGCAUUUUCAACUUAUGUUGUUGCUUCAGGAAUUCAGUAUGGAGCUGAGGAAGGAGUCUUACACUACUUUUUUAAGAUAGGUUGGCUUAGCGAGACUAAUGCAAUACCUGUUUUUGGAAAUGGAAACAAUUAUAUUCCAACUAUUCAUGUUCGUGAUUUAGCAGGGGUGUUACAAAACAUAGCAGACCACAGGCCAAAGUUUCACUACAUACUUGCAGUAGAUGAGUCUGUGCACACUUUUCAAGAAUUAAUAAAGUGUAUCAGUAAAAAUGUUGGACCAGGAAAAAUUGAGAACAUUCCACAAGAAAAUGCAUUCUUAAGUAAAGAGUUAACGCAAACACAUGUGGAUAUGUUGCUUGUGAACCUGCGGAUGGAAGCUAUGUUUUUGAAAGAGGCUUUCAACAUAAAGUGGGUUGCUCAAACAGGGCUGGUGGAUAACAUUGAACAGAUUGUUGAAGAGUACAAGCAAAGUCGAGGACUUCUGCCUCUCAAAAUUUACAUUCAUGGUCCUCCAGGGGUUGGCAAAUCUACCAUUGCUGAAGAGAUCUGCAAACACUACAAGCUACAUCAUAUUAAGAUUAAAGAUGUGAUUUCCGAAUCAAUUGCAAAACUGGAGAGAAUUGUGGCUCCUAAAGAAGUAGACUCAGACAGUGUGAGACAAGAGGGAGAAGAUGAUGAAGAAGAGGGUGAAAAUGUAGAAGAAGCACAUGAGUUGUUAGCUGGAAUUAAAGAAAGCAUGGAGCAGAAUGCAGGUCGUCUAGAUGAUCAGUAUGUUAUUACACUCUUUAAAGAUAAGCUUAAAUCUAUGCCUUGUAGAAAUCAAGGGUAUGUUUUGGAUGGGUUUCCAAAGACCUAUGACCAGGCAAAAGAUCUUUUUAACUUGGAAGAAGAAGAAAUUACAAACAAAAUUCCUAAAUAUGAUGAAAUAAUCACACCUGAAUUUGUGAUAUCUUUGACUGCAUCGGAUGAAUUUCUUAAAAACAGAAUAAUAAAUCUGCCAGAAAGCGUUGUUGCUGGAACUCAUUAUACUCAGGACCGAUUUCUGCAAUCUUUGAAUAACUUCAGGGAGAUAAAUGCAGAAGAUGAAACUGUUCUCAACUAUUUUGAUGAACUUGAAAUACAUCCUCAGUUUAUUGAUGUAGCCAAAUAUGAAGAUUCUGAAAACAGAUUUAUAGUAAAACAGAUCAUCAAGGAAAUUGGGGAACCACGAAAUUAUGGCUUGACAGAUGAAGAAAAGGAGAGUUUGGAACGCAAAGCAGCUGAGGAAUGUCUUGCCAGAGAAGCUAAAGAAAAAGCUGAAAGGAAGCGUAGAGAAGCUGAGGAAAAGGCUGAAAGGAUAGCAAAUUGGGAAGAGUGGAAUAAACAUUUUGAGGAAGUUAAAAAACAAGAACAAGAAUUAUUGGAAGCCCAGUCCAUUCCACUACGAAACUAUUUAAUGAGGCAUGUCAUGCCAACACUUAUGCAAGGGCUAAAUGAAUGCUGUAAGAUCAGACCAGAUGAUCCAGUUGAUUUUCUGGCAGAAUAUCUCUUCAAGAACAAUCCUGAUGUGAAAUGA